AUGCAGGAGCCCAACCAGGCGACGCUUCACACCGGCUCGGGAUGCUCCAUUCCGAACUCGGGCGAUUUCUCGGGCUCCGUCAUCGCUUCCGACUGCGAUAGCUCGGACAAUGUGAACAACAAUAUCGGGUGCGGGAUCAAGUUCUCGGCGGCAAACAGCUACGGGCAUAGCUUCAAUCUCAACCAGGGAGGCUUCUUCGCGAGCGAGCGUUCGAGUACCGAAGUCAAGAUCUGGUUCUGGGCUCGCAAUGCGAACAACAUCCCAAGCGACGUUCUGCACGGCUCGAACACAAUCAACACCAAUAACUGGGGCAAGCCGCAGGCGUUCUUUUCCAACGCGCAGUGCAACAUCGGGAGCCACUUCUCGAACAACAAUAUCAUGAUCAACCUGAACUUCUGCGGGGAUCUCGCUGCCAACUCGUAUGCGUCAUCGGGUUGCCCUGGCACAUGCAGCGACUUUGUGAGGAACAAUCCUGCUGCGAUGAACAACGCCUACUUCAACAUCAUGUGGUUGAAGGUGUACGAGUAG